GAUACAGACUAACAUGGCUGCUACUCUGAAAAGAGUAGGGUAGUACUAGUUGCCAUCAACUUAUUCUCUUAAUCUCGUGAUAUUUCACUGCCAUUAAGAUCAGUAUCCUGUGUUGUAAUAAGCUUGGUAGCAGUGAUGUUUUCUCUCCCUAAACCAACAAAAUAGAAUAAAUAGCACUUGCAUGAAUCUUGCUCCAUUGGUAGAAGUUUUCUGGACUUCUAAAGAUGGCAUAGAGAAGGAGGGGCAGCAGAAGGGGCAUAUUGAGUGCUUUUUUUUUUUAAACCUAGUCUUUAUAUAAAAUAUAAAUAUAACAAAACUUAUAUAAAUAUAUGCACAAGAUGGAAAUAUGAUUUAAAUAACAAAAUUAAAUCUUCAUUAUUUGGAAAGCCUGGAAUUAAAACAAACACACACAAAAAACCCUGAACUUGUAGAGGUCAUUCAGGGCAUCCAUUAUUAAAGUGACUAAACAGGUAAAUAAGUGACAACAUAUCCUAUGAGUAUUGGGGACUAAUAUAUACUAAACUGCAACAGUAUGCAAUAGUUUCAUGUGUGAUCGAAUACCUUUAUAGUUUUUCCAAGUGUUUGUAUUAAUUAGACAGUCAUUGUUUCAAUUAAUUCUGUAAUAAAGAGGUCACUAAGCCAGUCUGCCUAAUUGCAGAUUUCCAUUUUCUCAAAAUAACUCUUUUGGCCACUAAAAUAGUUCCUGCAAUCCAUUUCUUAAUGGAUUACCAUUUCUAGUAUAACCAACUCAUCCAGCACCCCCAGAACACACAAGCUUGGAGAAGGAAAAAUAGUGACACAGUUUUAGAGAGAGCACUGAGUAUGGUGUUCCAGAACACCUGCAUUUUUGACAGGUGUAGAGGAUGUGUGAAAGGUUGGCAUGUGGCUAUUGCAUCUCCAACAGUUGUGAGUUGCCAAUCUAGCCUUAAAUAAAUGUUCUAGAGUCCAGUUGUACCUGUUUAAUAUCUUAUUCUGGAAGAAUUACAAGGAUGAAAAACUUGAAGUAGCUUUCACAUUAAGCCACAUAUCCUCCCAGGUUUCUGUUGUGAUAGAAAGUCUAAGUUCCUUUUCCCAUUUUUCUUUGAGACUGACUUCUCUACAAUUUCUGUGCAUUUAUGUAUCAGUUUUGUGUAAGUUCUGUUUUUUUGGUAUGGAUGUCCUGUGAAUUUUCACUACAAUUACAUAUUCAGCUGCCAAAUCUCAAAGUGAUAUAUACUUGAGACACAAAAUUUUGAUCUCGUGUGAAACUCUUCCAAAGGAGAGGGAUCUUAACCUUUUGACCUGAAGUUAGUCAAAAGGUCUUCCAUCGAAUAAGGGAUGAGUCACUAUGUACUCUUAACCUAUGUGGAUAAAUUGAAUUUAUAUUUGCAAUGAAAUAUUCAGAUAAGGUAUUGAUUUAUAUUCCAGUGUUGUGUCUAACAAAAGUCAGAACUGUAUUACAUUACAUUUCAUAUGUUAGGGUGUAUGAAAGCUCCCUAUGUUUUUGUGAAAAUAUCCAUGGACAUUAAAUGGAAAGAACUAAGAAGGGAUUACUUUUUAAUUAAGAUGGAACUGCAGUACUCGACAUUUUUUUUUUUGCUGCUAUUUUGCUUUUCUCUUUCUUUGCUGCUAAUUGGAUUUAAGGCCGUUCUGGUUACUAUGGCAUCCCGUGAAGAGAUUACUCUCUAUGAAGAUGAAGUAAGGUCUCGCUACGGCUACCUGGAGAAGAUGACAGAUCUGGUGGCUGUUUGGGAGGUUGCUUUAAGUGAUGGUGUUCACAAGAUUGAAUUUGAACAUGGAACUACAUCAGGAAAACGUGUUGUAUAUGUAGAUGGAAAGGAAGAAAUAAGAAAAGAGUGGAUGUUUAAACUAGUGGGUAAAGAAACAUUUACAGUUGGAGCAGCCAAAACAAAGGCUACCAUUAACAUUGAUGCAGUCAGUGGUUUUGCAUAUGAGUAUACCUUGGAGAUCAAUGGGAAAAGCCUCAAGAAGUACAUGGAGAACCGGUCAAAAACAACAAAUACUUGGGUAUUAAGCUUGGAUGGUGUGGAUUGUAGAGUUGUGUUAGAGAAGGACACUAUGGAUGUCUGGUGCAAUGGUAAAAAAAUGGAAACAGCGGGUGAAUUUGUAGAAGAUGGAACAGAAACUCACUUCAGUGUUGGUGAUCAUGACUGUUGCAUUAAGGCUGUCAGUAGUGGAAAGCGAAGGGAAGGAAUCAUUCAUACUCUUAUAGUAGAUGACAGAGAAAUCCCAGAGGUUUUGGAGUAGCCUGGAGUUAAUCUGUUAUAGAAAUAAAGAUCAGGGAUUUUCAAUUACUGUGGUAAUUAAUGAUGUUAAUAUGUACUUCCAGGUACAUUUAGUUUGUGCUUUUUAUUUUCUGGUUACUGUAUAUGAAAUUAUAAUAAUCUUUUUGAGGACCAGAUGAAAAUAUCCAAUUAUGUACAGCCUCAGAUAUUACCAGUUCUUUUGUAAACUAUAUAAAUAUAUAACACUAAGUAUAAGGAGGGGAAGGUGGACUUAAAGAUUUCCUUGUAAACAAUUCCUACUUGUUACAAUAAUAAAAUGCAAAAUAAAUAAGCAGUGCAAUAUUGAAUUUUGAGAAGUUUAUUAACUGGAUGUGGUUUUCUUUUCAUGUUCUGCAUUCAGCUGCUCUGCACAAUUUUUACAAUAGUACACCCAAGCUCUGAGCUGUUUUUUAUUGAUAAAUGUUUCUUGUAACAUGCUAAUGUCACUUUAAAAUUCCUAUGGUUGUAGUUAAGGCAAUAAAUAGCUAUGUAAUUGCUAAAGUUAAUAAAACAAAAUAUUGAAAAUUUAGAUAUUCCAUAUUUACAGCAACUAUACUAAUAUAUACAACUCUUAAGACUAAGGGGGGAGAGAAAUGUACUGUACAAAAAAAGGGAAUGGACGGAAUGGACAAUCUCAUUAGUUUGUCUAACAUCUGUACUUUAAAACUGUUGUAAUGAUUAAAUAGCUUCUGCAUUCCAAGUCACUAUUCACUUUUAAAAAUUCACUGUGGUGCCAAGACACUUUUUAAAUGAAAUAUUUUGAUGGAAACUGACAGUAAUAUGAAAGCUCCUACCAAUCCAGCAUUUAGCUAAACGAAACUUAAACCUACAUUGCUGUGUGAACAGGGGAAAUACAUGAAAAAUCAAUGGAAAUUAAAGGGGGGAUCUGUUGGCCAAGUGGAAAAACUAAAUUAGGAGUGGAAUGUUUGUGUUUUCAAGCUUAUAGGAUGGUAUUAAACUGUUAAUUUUAACAAAAUAUAAAGAAAAAUUAUUUGAAAGUGCGCCUAGAGUACAUUAAAGAUGUGCUAACUCACAUAGUAUGUACUGAAGUCCUUUUGUGAGACACAAUAGCUUUAUAAAGCAUUGACAUCUUGUGCUUUAGGUUUCAGACUAGUGUGUCUAAUGCAUUGCUAUAGUUAUUAUUGGGAUGCCUUUUGUUCCACAUCCUGUUUUGUUGUAUUAAACUGUAACAAAAAUAAAAAUCC